UGCACGUUUCUGAAGUUUCUUCUGUGUAGAAAUGUAAGAAAGCCACAGACCCAAACUGGCUCCCAGUCUGCAGCUCAUUUUGCAGUUCUAGGAUUCUGUAAUUCAGACAAUGUUUAAAAUGUCCCACAUGUCUACACAGUCUGGACGUGUGAUAAUUCAAGUUGUGGUUUAAAAUGGUAGCUAAUGGGAGUGUUGGUUACAUUACCACUUUGUCCAAAAUUAACUUUAUUGUAUUUGUGCAUAAGAUUUUAUUAUUUAACAAGAUGGAGUGCCUUUAAAAAGCUGUUAUUCAAGGUGGUCUUUGGUUAAGAUGUGAAGCCUGAAAACUGCAACCUGGGAUUAAAUAUUUAACAGUUUGCAAACAAACUCAAAAGGUAUGACUCCAGAUAUCAGACUAAAUUAUUUAUUUAGUUGUCAACAAUGGGAAAACAAGUAGCCCAGAUUGUUUUGUUUUAUUACAAAUCUGUGCUUUUUGGCUAAAACUGAGCUUCAUUGUUUGUUGUAAUUAUAAUUGUGUUCUUCAGUAAGCAACCCAAGUCCAAAUGUCUUUGGCUCUAGUGGAAUGUUUUUUUUCACAAGUCACUCUGACCUCUUCAGAAAAUAUUUUAAUCUUUCUGUGCUGCCAAAAGGUGUUCCUCCAGCCUCUGUGCAUGAGUUUGUGUGUUCAGUAUAUUUCUUUGUAUUGAAACGUUUUAUCGUAGUUAUAGUGUGAGCGUGUUUGUCUGAGGCCUGUAUUCACCAGCUUGAGUGAGUUUCAGCAGAAAGCGUUCUAACUUUUCAUUUCCAUUCACAUCAAUUUCUAAUGUAAAAUGAUCAGAUUAAGUAAUUCUUAUGUAAUCCGCUUUCUUAAACAGUCUUUUGUGUUUGUGGGAUCUAAUAAGUGAAUUAUGCGGAUGUGCUUGUCCAGCUUUGCGUUAUUAAAAAGCUUAUCCGGUUCUGAGUUUCAGUAAUCCAGACGAGGGCUAAAAUGCUCCACAUGCCUGGUGUGUCUGUUCUUGCUAACCAGCUUGGGUGACCUUUGCUGCGUGUCACGUGCUUCUCUGUGAGAAUAAAACCUUUGAGUAAAAAGCCUCCGAGGCAGAUUUUGAUUUCAGGCUCAGUUCCACUUACAUGGAAUAGGAAGCUGAGCCUCACUGCUAGGGUUGCCCAAGAUUUUGGAUUUGACAGCUCUGACUACCUUGCUAAUCCUAAACACUUGCUGGUGUGAUGUACAGCAUUAGCUUGCCACAAAAUCAGAUUCAUGACUGUUCAAGUCAAAAGUGCUCCAAGGCCAUAAAUGUCUUCAGACUGUCCAAAAUGUAUUUCUCACUGCUCCGUUACAUCCCAUGUCGCGCUGCCCCAGAAUUCUGUUUCCACUGCGGUCCAGCUGUUAGCACAGCUUUGAGGUUCCCAAGGCCCCCACAGUGCCCUGGCUCAGGACACCCUCCCAGAGCAAUACUCCCCCAGGCCUGACUGCCUGCCUGCCUGGAACUCUUGGCAACCAAGCAGCCAGGGGAGGAUCAGGAUGACCGGGCGGCUGAGAUAAGGACCACAUGAAGUUCCCCACAUUACCUCACCCGAUAAGGAAACGAGCAGAGAUUCACGGAAAGCCAGAGCGAGAGAGGGAUAGAGACAGAGACGGUCAGACUUGGGAGGAUGUCUCUGGGUGGAUGGUGAUUCGCAGAGAAGCAGCCAUUGUUUAAGGGUCUGGGUGGAACUGGUGUCCCACAGAAGUCUCAUGAACUCUCCAGAGAAGCUUGGAGCUGCCCGCAGCAGGAAAUCAUCUCAUUAAUAACUUCAUAAGAUCAGAUGAGCAUUUCUGCUGUUCUUCACUCAACUAGUCACAUCUCAUAUCCAGAUUUGACUUCAAAAAUGUGCUCACACUAGAUGAAGGGAUGACCUCAGAUUCUGUUUUCUUUUGGGUCCAGCAAAGUACCUAGGAAAAGAAAGUAUCUCUCACAGCAAUCUCCAGCACUGGAAAAUAAAGCUUCAUCCGUCCAAUGAAAACACACUGACUGUAAUUUAAUUUCUCGAGACUUGAAGGGAAUCUACUGCAGCACUUUGGCGGCACUCAUGGCAGCGAAUCCUCUGGAAGGUCUCAUGUCGGUUGCAGAAAACCACCGGCUGGUUUCUGGUUGCGCAGCCGAGCCGCAGAGCCGGCAGCCUCUUUCGUCCCAGAGCCCAGCCUCCCGGCACGGACACAAGCUGAGCGUACGCAGCAGUCGGGAGUCCAAGAAGUGGCAGGUACAAUCAGUGUGCGGGUCCAGGUCAAACCCCGGUUCUGGUUGUGGGUCCACGGUCCUGAACAGGGCGCUGAGGGCUCAGCACUCCCCGGAAAACGCAGCCCGAGAGAGGAGCAGAGUACGCAACCUGCGGCAGGCCUUUCACACUCUGCAGGCAGCUCUACCUUCAGUCCCACCUGACACCAAGCUCUCAAAGUUGGAUGUUCUGGUUCUGGCUACUAACUACAUAGCUCACCUGACAGAGACCCUAGACCAAGGAGGGAUGCUAACGGAGCACACGGCCUCAAGGCCGGGUGGAUACCUGCAUCCUGUUAAGAAAUGGCCCAUGCGUUCUCUGCUCUACUGUGGGAGUGUGGGAGAGCUGCUGUCAGCCAGUCAGAUGACUCCACCUGGACAGGACAGGACACACCCACUGAGUCCUACCUUAGAAGGAGACGAUGAGUGAAAGCCUGUUUUAUGCUGUUUUAUAUCUUUAAUCGUAACCAGCUAUUGGUAGCAAAGGAGACAUCAAAAGACACUCGUGCAGAGAUGGGCAAAUUUCAAAGGAUGUGGUGCACCGCUGCUGACGUGUGCUUAAAGACGAGCAAGGCAGACAUUUUUAUGUUACAUAUAAACAAUGAUGUUUUUGUCAAAUUACUUUUUUUAAUCUAAAUGCGGAAGUUAAAUGAACUUUAAUGAACCUGCAGCUAAGUUUUUACUUUCUGGUGUUGGAUUUCUUUCUUUUAAAUUAAAUGUGGUCAUGUGUCUUAAACAGAAAAUAAAAUGUGUUUGUGGAAAAAAAUCAUAUUUUCCCUG